GAGGCGGGCGUUUAUAAAAGUGCCAGGCGGGCGGCGGCGUCUGUCUGUACAGAGCCGCUGCCGAAGGGUCGUUAAAGGGCCCGUCAGCCGCCGCCCCCUUGGCCCGCCAUGCUGCUAUCUGUGCCGCUGCUGCUCGGCCUCCUUGGCCUGGCCGCCGCCAAGCCCUCUGUCUAUUUCAAGGAACAGUUUCUGGAUGGAGAUGGGUGGGCCAACCGCUGGAUUGAAUCCAAACACAAGUCAGAUUUUGGCAAAUUCGUCCUCAGUUCCGGCAAGUUCUACGGUGACCAGGAGAAAGAUAAAGGGCUGCAGACUAGCCAGGAUGCCCGCUUUUACGCUCUAUCGGCCAGAUUUGAGCCCUUCAGCAAUAAGGGCCAGACGCUAGUGGUGCAGUUCACUGUGAAACACGAGCAGAACAUCGACUGUGGGGGCGGUUACGUGAAACUGUUUCCUGAUGGUUUGGACCAGACGGACAUGCAUGGAGACUCAGAAUACAACAUCAUGUUUGGCCCUGACAUCUGUGGCCCUGGCACCAAGAAGGUUCACGUCAUUUUCAACUAUAAAGGCAAGAAUGUGUUGAUCAACAAGGACAUUCGUUGCAAGGAUGAUGAGUUUACACACCUGUACACACUGAUCCUGAGGCCAGACAAUACUUAUGAGGUGAAGAUUGACAACAGCCAGGUAGAGUCAGGCUCCUUGGAGGACGAUUGGGACUUCCUGCCACCCAAGAAGAUAAAGGAUCCUGAUGCUGCAAAGCCAGAUGACUGGGACGAGCGGGCCAAGAUAGAUGACCCUACAGACUCCAAGCCUGAGGACUGGGACAAGCCUGAACACAUUCCUGACCCUGAUGCUAAGAAGCCUGAGGACUGGGGAGAGAUGGAUGGAGAGUGGGAACCACCAGUAAUUCAGAACCCUGAGUACAAGGGUGAGUGGAAGCCCCGGCAGAUCGACAACCCAGAUUACAAGGGCACCUGGAUCCACCCAGAAAUCGACAACCCUGAGUACUCCCCUGAUCCCAAUAUCUAUGCCUAUGAUAGCUUUGGUGUGCUGGGCCUAGAUCUCUGGCAGGUCAAGUCUGGCACCAUCUUUGACAACUUCCUCAUCACCAACGAUGAGGCAUACGCUGAGGAGUUUGGCAAUGAGACGUGGGGCAUCACAAAGGCAGCAGAGAAGCAAAUGAAGGACAAACAGGAUGAAGAGCAGAGGCUCAAGGAGGAGGAGGAGGACAAGAAGCGCAAGGAGGAAGAGGAGGCUGAGGACAAGGAGGAUGAAGAGGACAAAGAUGAGGAUGAAGAAGACGAAGAUGACAAGGAAGAGGAGGAGGAUGAAGAAGCCCCUGGCCAGGCCAAGGAUGAGCUGUAGAGGCUGGGCCACCUGCCUCCAGGGCUGGACUGAGGCCUGAGUGCUCCCCGCCGCAGAGCUGGCCACGCCAAAUAAUGUCUCUAUGAGACUCAAGAACUUUUUUUUCCAGGCGGGUUUGGAUUUGGGGUGAAUUUUUGGUUUUGUCCUCUCCCCCUUUUUUUUAAACUAGCAUUUUGUCCUUGAUUCUCCUUCACCCCUCACUCCUGUUUUUUUUCUUUCUUGAUUGACAUCUUUUCCUGCUUCUGUGCCAGUCUUUCACCAGAUUCCUUAGCCUCCCCUCCAACCGUGGGGUUAUGGUGUGGAGAAGAAGCUACAGGCCUGAGAUUCCAUCUUCUCCUUUCUGGAGCUAGGAGAAGGAGUGGCACUGCCAGUCCCCCAGCACUGAGAAAGAAUUGGGGCUCUUCCCAUUUACCCCUCCCUUUAUGUUCCCCUGCCCCCAGGACUGGGCCACUGCUGGAGUGGGGGCAGCAGGUUCCAGCUCGGCUCACACCGAGAAUGUAAGAACUACAAACAAAAUUUCUAUUAAAUUAAAUUUUGUGUCUCCA